CUCAUUUUUGGUACUAAGUGCAUUUGCGUAGUGUAAAUCUGGACCUGUAUAUUAUGUGAGUGUAAUAUAUAGGUACCUACUACCUACGCCGUAAACUCGUAACAGUAAUAUUUCGUUGAAACUUUUGAGCAAUAAUUAUUAGUCGCCGAGGGGUGAGCCCAACGGAGUAUAUAUUUUGUAAACUUCGUUGUCAAAUACAAAGCGUUUUAAUUUGAUUAUGAAUUUUUGGCUUGAUGUGUACUUAUAAGAGAGUCAUGCAUUUUAUUUGUUUCAGGGUUUUCUGGAAACUAAUUUCAUAAAGUAACCAUCUAGAAGUUCGUUGCGUGGUGCACCGUGCUACAUGAUGUCGCACAACGAUGAUAAAGUCAACAGUGACGAUAAUUCAGUUGCUGUUAAUGCAGUUGUGAACUCCGGUGACUGCAGCGCAAUGAAUAAUCCAAAUACAGCUAACAUGGCGAAAAGUACUUCCAACAAUUUGGAAAGAAAUAUUAUGGUAGCGAAUAAUUCAAAAAUGCCUGAACCUAUACCUACAGUCCGUAAAAGUGUGGUAGCGAAAGCAAUAGAGUUUUUGGUACUCGAAUCAGUACAAAAAAUGCCCACUGAAAGAAAAAUUAACUUCUUAAGUAAAAAAGGAUUAACUGAUGUUGAGAUCCAGUAUUCAAUUCAGAGAGCAGCGAUGAUCUGUUAUGAUAAUCAAAGUCUUAAUAAACAAAAUCAAUCCGCUCAUAACAAUUCAUCAAAUGCUCCUGGUGCUAUACAAACAUCAUUUGAAUCACAGAGCUGGUACAGUCGUCUUUUUGGACCGAUAGCUUUUGCUGCCGCGGUUGUAUACAUUGGGUAUAAGUUGUAUAAAAAAUACAUAGAAAGCUGGCUCUUUGGAGCUCAAAAAACUCCAUUAGAAAAUCGUUUGGAAACAAUAGAGUUGUCAGUCCAAAGGUGUAUAAUGAUGUUAGAAGAAAAAGACAAUUUACUCAAAUCAUCAAAUACAUAUGCCGAUCGGCAAAAAGAAUUCAAUAUUCAAGUUCGUGCUGAACUAAAAUCUAUUAAAAGUUUACUCCUCAAUAGAUUCCAAUUUCCUCCAGCCCCUGCAUCUUCCAGUAUACCCGAAUGGCAACUAUUAAAAAAUACUAAAUCACAAGUAGAACAGCAAGAUAAGAUCAACAAUAGUGAUGUACCAAAUUCAUUACAAACGAGUGAAAAGAGUAUACUUAAUGAAACUCAAAAAAAUCCAGUAGUUGAUGCUCAAUUAAAUGGUCUUAAUGGUAGUGAUAACGAUAAGGAUUGCAUAACAAUUAACUCUACGUCUAAUGAAACACCAUUACCAACUAGUUCUAAUCAAAAUCUAAUUACACCUAAAAAUAUGGAUGAUGAAAAUGAUAGUGAACAUAUUGAGAAUAAUGAAGGUAUAAAUAAAUGACGCGCAAUGUAUGAAUGUGAAAAAUAUAUUUUUCAACUUAUCUUCAAUUUUAAAGUAUGAAAAUCAUUAUAAAUCAGAUUAUUAAAAAAGAUUAUUGAUAUUUGUGCAUUUUUUAAACAUAUUUAUGUAAAUGUUAGUUGGGUUUUCUAUGGUUAUGUGUAUUUCAGAUCUAAAUAAAAAUAAAAUAAGUUCUCUCUGUACUUUUUUGUGAUAGCAAUUCUGAAUUAAUUUUGUUUUCCUUGACAUUUUAAAAUAUAAUAAAUUAACUGAUAUAUUUUA